GAUUUGUUUUGCAGCUGGUGACGUGUUGGUACCGCCUCCUUAACCAGCGUUGUAAACAAACCCUGGAUAAUAUUGGAAGUUUAACCUCGCACCACGAAAAUAUCCUAUCCUUUAAAAAAUUACUCGGAGUAGCUACAGUUCUUUUAAAAUUUUAACUACAAAAUACACGAAACGGUUUAAUCUCAGAGAAAAACUUGCUCCUGUUGUCAAGUGUGAGAGACCGAGAGAACAGCUGCAAGACGAUUUUUGUUUGUUUGGUUUGGAUCCGUCCGAUGGUUUCUUGCUGAAGAAGUGACAAAACAAGCUAUCCCCUAGACGAUUGAGCAAUUUACCGAUGCAUCUCAGUUGACCUAUCCAACGGUAGUUUUCUGGUCACAUAUUCGUUUAAAAUUAGGUCUUCCAUUGAACAUCCGAUAACUACGUUAGCUUUGUGUGCCAGAGAUGGUACCAUUCAGCUUGUCUGGGGAUGACAAAGGAGGACUUCAACAAAGCCAAAAUAGAAAAUGAUUGGAAAAGGGGCCUCUUUGCUGUUAAAUUAGAGAAACAUGGUGAAGCUGACGAAGGCUAAGACGUUCCAAGCGUACCUAGACUCGUGCCACCGCAGGUACAGCUGUGUUCACUGCCGAGCACACCUGGCCAACCAUGAUGACCUCAUCUCCAAGUCUUUUCAGGGUAGCCAGGGUCGUGCCUACCUCUUCAACUCUGUGGUGAAUGUGGGCUGUGGUCCUGCCGAGGAGAGGCUGCUACUCACCGGGCUCCACGCUGUGGCAGAUAUCUACUGUGAGAACUGCCACACCACACUGGGCUGGAAAUACGAGCAGGCCUUUGAGUUGAGUCAGAAGUACAAGGAGGGGAAGUUCAUCAUUGAGCUGUCCCACAUGAUAAAGGACAACGGCUGGGACUGAGGUGAAGGGCGAUGUUUUCAUUGAUGUUUCGUCCCUCGUCCGUUGUUCUUCCUGGCCUGAAUGUGUGUCCCCUCACCCUGCGUAAGGGCCAUCGGCUCUGUCACUCCGUCACUUCAUACAGCUUUGCCAAGAAUAGCAUGUGAUGUUUGUUUUUAUACAUAUAUCUAUAUACACACUGAGUAUUCCAAACAUUAGGAACACCUUCUUUAAUAUUGAGUUCCACCCCUCCUUUUUACCCUCAGAACAGCCUCAAUUCAUUGGGGCAUGGACCCCUACAAGAUGUUGAAAGCAUUCCACAGGGAUGCUGGCUCAUGUUGACUCCCAUGCUUCCCACAGUUGUCAAGUUGGCUAGAUGUCCUUUGGGUGAUCGACCAUUCUUGAUACACACAGGAAACUGUUGGGUGUGAAAAAUCCAGCAGCUUUGCAGUUCUUGACACAAACCGGUGCGCCUGGCAUCUACUACCAUACCCCAUUCAAAGGCACUUAAAUAGUUUGUCUUGCCCAUUUACCCUCUGAAUGGCACGCAUACACAAUCCAUGGGUCAAUUAUCUCAAAUCCUUCUUCAACCUGUCUCCUCGCCUUCAUCUACACAGAUUGAAGUGGAUUGAACAAGUGACAUCAAUAAGGGAUCAUAAAUUCAGCUGGUCUGUCUAUGUCAUGGAAAGAGCAGGUGUUCUUAAUGCUUUUGUAUACUCUGUGUGUGUGUGUGUGUGUGUGUGUGUGUGUGUGUGUGUGUGUGUGUGUGUGUGUGUGUGUGUGUGUGUGUGUGUGUGUGUGUGUGUGUGUGUGUGUGUGUGUGUGUGUGUGUGUGUGUGUGUGUGUGUGUGUGUGUGUGUGUGUGUGUGAUCCAUGUAUAUAUAGCUAUACACACACACUCAAAGGUUUUACGAGUUUUAUAUCAAAUCUACCCCACUAUUACGGGAGCACCUUUGUCAAUAUCGCUAUAUCCCAAUGUUUAGUUCUAUCGUGGUAGAGAAUGAGCGAGUGCAGGCUGUGUGAGUGCCAGUGAGUGUGUGAGCGCGAGCAAGAGUUUGUAUACACUCGGGCAUGUGUGAGUUGUGUGUUUACGAGUGUGUGUGUGUGUGUUGCAGUGCGACCACCUCCUUAGCAACCUCACUAAAUCCUUCUCAUAUAAUCCGUGCAUCGGUGUGGGAUCGUAGUCAACUAAAAAACUAAGUUCUCUCUCAUUAAGUGCAAUUCACAGGGUUGAGACAAUUAGACCGUUAUGCAAAAACCUAGCGUCCUCAAAGGCUGUUCCCUUUUUGUUUUUGUUUUUAGGUGAAUGUGUGCAAAAAGCAAGUUACUGUGCUUUGUGUGUGUUUUAAGACUUCAUACUUAAUGUUUGAUGGUACAAGCAGAGUUGGAGAAAAAAAAAAAGUAAUUACGUUUGGUGCCGUUGUCAUGUUACUGUUUUAUCUCAAAUGGAGUAUCGAGUGCAAUACAGUAGGGUGUGAGUGCGCGUGGUUAAAGUGUCAGCAAUAUAACAUUGGUCAUGUUUUUUUUUUAAUCCUUUAAAAUGACAAUCGAUGUGUAUUCAGUUGUUAAUGACGUUAAAGGCUGUAGCAUUACACUGUUUGUAAGUGUUUCUGUGCGAUUGGCCCGUGUGAGUUUGAAUACUGUGUGUGUAAAUGUUUGGCGUAUGGGUAUUUUCUCUGUAUUCUGCCUGUGGGUAUGCAUUUUAUGGUUUGUGUGUGAGUGUGUAUGCAGUGGGAGUGUACAGUGUAAGAUUGUAUGAUCUGAUACAGUACUUGCUAGACAGUUAGCAAAUGCUUUAGUUUGGGGGUAAAAUCUAUUGUUUCUGAUGUGUAAUUGGAUAUCCAUUUUUACCUUAUUUCCUUUUUGAGAUCAAAUCUUGUAAAUACAGCUUAACAUUGAGCAGCAUGUACAUAAGCAUGUAUUUGAUAAUAUAAGAGAGCAAUGUGUAAUAUCAAAAAGGAUGAAUAUAUCUAUAAUUAUGUAGCAGAUUGUGACUAUGUAAGCUUUUCCAUUAAAGUAUUUUAUUUUAACCUGAACUCUCACAUUAAAGUAUGUGGUAAAUA